AUGGGUCGUUCUGAACCUCCAUGGGAAGUGUACGCCACAGCGCUGUUCCCGCAGGGGUACGGCUACCCUCUGUGGCAUCCUCAGCCCACGUACGACUCCUCUUUCGGGCUUUACGAGGUCGAGAUCGGGUCAGUCGGCUGGAUCCACGAAGGGCGGUUCCCUCAGCUGUUCAACGCGCGGAAACCUAGAGACGACCCGAUCAACGUCGGGAGGGUACCCGAGUCGUUCGAGCACUUCAGUCCCCCGAACAUAAUUGAACCGACCCCUAGACCUGUGAUCGUGAAGCCAUUUGUCACGUCCCGCUAUAUUCGUAUUCCCUCCGUCGAAGUCGAAGGUCUAUCCACAAUCCCCAAUACGUUGAUGUCUGUGUCUGCUGAGGAAAGCCUCUCCUUUAAGUGCAGCACGGGCACUGGCGCCUUACUCCUGCUCGGACCCCCUGCUAUGAAGUGUGCGCUCAGUCAGAGGCGACACAUCGUGAACUACCUGCGCAAGCAUGUAGACGCCUAG